AUGGCCUCUCAAUUGGGCCGAAGUAGAAUGUUUAAUGGGAGUGAUCGCAAGUUAAAGAAAGAUCGACCUCUGAAAAGGCCGACAAUUUGCAGGCAACCGCGUGUUGACAACUGGGCCUUCAACUUGACGAGAGGGCAGCCUCUACUUGACAAAUGGAACAACAUUCCCGCAGGAGUUGACGUCCUUCUCACGCAUACGCCUCCUCUAGGUCACGGUGAUAUGAUGUCGGACGGUCAACGAAUGGGCUGUGUUGAGUUGUUAAAUUCGGUUUCUAAACGAAUUAAACCAAAAUAUCACGUCUUUUCACAUAUCCAUGAAGGUUAUGGUUGCACGUCAGAUGGUUACACGAAAUUCAUCAACUGUUGUAUAUGCGACGAGAACCUGCAAGCAACGAAUAAUCCGAUCAUCUUCGAUAUUCCCGUCCAUCCUCACACGAAGCAGUUCUACCUGCAAAAUGUGAAGAAAAUAAUAAAACGGUAUCGUCGUGCGGAGAAAAAGUGA